UGCUAGACUAUUGUAGAAUGUCUCAAUAGCCACACAACACACAAAAUGUGACCAAAGCAAUUCCAAAUUAAAUUUCAAUUAUGUGUAAAAAAGAAAAAAGAAAUUCAAUUAAGGUCCAUCACAUUACAUCUCCACGUGGCGUAAAACCAACCCCGAUUCAAGUAACAGUGCCAUAUUUUCUCUGAAAAACAAAAUUGCUCAAAAUUUAACCAGAAAAUACCUUGAAAGGCCAAAAAUGGUGGCAACCAUAAGUGGUGUUUCAUGCCAAAAAUCAUUGUUUCUGCAAAACCCAGUAAAUUUAAGAGAUUCAAGUACUAAUUUUGUUAGUGGGGUUCCUUUAAAUCUACCAUAUUUGCAGCUAAAUUCCAAUAAAAAGAAGAGGAGAAAUGAUAAUAUAAUUAGUUUGGUGGUGGCUUCAAUUUCAAGCAAAACUGUUAGUAGUACAAGUAAUGGUGGAAGAUUUUAUCUGAAUUUUACCGGGUUUCCGUUUCCUUUGGGUCCUUUUCUUAAUAGACGCACAAUUCGAACUGAGAUUGUAAAGGAUAGCAUAUGGUCAUUUGAACAAGAACAAGCUCUAGGCUUCAGCAGUGUCUCCACAAAUAUUCGCAUGACUGUCAUCAAGCUCAAGUCUGGAGGAUUAUGGGUCCAUGCACCCAUUGCUCCAACUAAAGAGUGCAUCCAGCUUGUGAAGGAACUUGGGGCUCCAGUUGAAUUCAUUGUAUUGCCAACAUUUGCUUAUGAACAUAAAAUAUUUGUGGGACCAUUUUCAAGAAAGUUUCCCCGUGCUCAGAUAUGGGUGGCCCCUAGGCAAUGGAGUUGGCCCUUGAAUCUACCACUUGAAUUUUUUGGUAUCUUUCGCUCCAAAACCUUGCAGGAUGAAGAUUUAUCAACUCCAUGGUCUGAUGAAAUCGAACAGAAAGUUCUGAGCUCACCAGAAGUUGGUAUUGGGCCAUAUGUGGAGGUGGCCUUCUAUCACAAGCGUUCAAGAUCCCUUUUGGUGACUGAUGCCGUGAUUUUUGUCCCGAGGCAGCCCCCAGACUGUAUCAGCAAAGAGUCUUUAUUGGCAUCGGCAAAGAAUGGUUUAGCUGUAAAGAUUCUUAGCAAAGGAAAAGAAGUCCCAAAUGAACCGGUUGUUGACAAUUCAAUGAAUCGUCAGAAAGGAUGGGAAAGAAUGGUUCUCCAGAUCCUAUUUCUUGGUCCAUCAAAUUUGUUAGAACCAAAUGCCACGUUUACUCAGAUGUCCCAGAAGCUGAUUGUCUCUCCUAUAGUUAAAACAUUGGUCUUCAGCAAAGUUCCUGAAAAGGUGAGGGACUGGAUUGAUCGGAUAGCUCGAGACUGGAAAUUCCAGAGGAUAAUUCCUGCACAUUUUGCAGCUCCAAUAAAGGCAAGCAGAUCAGAAUUUCUAGCUGCCUUUUCUUUUCUGGAUGACCUCUUGGGUGAGCAAUAUGUUACUAGGCCUUCACUAUCACUCCUAUUCGCUUCAUUCAUGGGAAAGGCUGCCAAUUACUUCCCGCCAGAUGAUAUGAUAACAUUAUCUUCCCUUGAUGAGUUCUUAGUUUCUGUGGGAGCUGUGAAGAAAACAGUAUCAGGCCGGAAGAGAUGAUAAGCAACUUCUAAUUUCAGCUGCUUAAUAUGUAAAAAUAUGUGUAGUACAUAUCCCUUUCAUAUCCGUGGAAUCUCUUCAAACAUUUUUUCUUUCUUUUCUUCUAUGAUAUAAAGGAAAAUUGAAGUUAA